AUGAUGUCCAUGGUGAAUGCAGACAGCGUGGCCAAAGUGAGCGAGUGGCAGCAGACCUACUACACCGCAGACUCGGGCAUCCAGUCAGGAGCCACCACACUGCAGGACGACGAGAGCAGCAGCCUGCCCCAGCCCAGCUCCUGCUCCGGCGACACUGCAGCGGGACAAGAGGAGCCGUCCGGGGCCCCUGAGCCACCCACAGAACCCCCGUGCUCUCUGACUCGGGUGCAGAGGGUCCGUGCCGCCAUGUUCCCCGAGAGCCUGGGGCCGGAAGAGGGGGCCCAGGCCGAGGGGCCCCCCAGCCACGUGCAGCGCCUGGCCGAGCCCUCGCAGCUGCUGAAGAAGGCCAUCGUGCACCUCAUCCACUACCAGGACGACGCCGAGCUGGCAACGAGAGCUGUGCCCGAGCUCACCAAGCUCCUGACGGACGAGGACCCAGCGGUGGUGAACAAAGCGGCCCUCAUUGUGAACCAGCUGACCCGGAAGGAGGCGUCCCGGCGGGUCCUAGUGCAGGCCCCGUCUCUGAUGGGGGCCCUGGUCCAGGCCAUGGGCUCCACGACCCAGCUGGAGACCGCCCGCUGUGCCUGCAGUGUCCUCCACAGCUUGUCCCACCAGAAAGAGGGCCUGGACAUCAUCUACAAGAGCGGAGGCAUCCCGGCCCUCGUGCACAUGCUCAGUUCCACGGUGGAGUCGGUGCUCUUCUACGCCAUCACCACGCUGCACAACCUGCUGCUGCACCAGGAGGGCUCCAAGAUGGCGGUGCGGCUGGCGGACGGGCUGCAGAGGAUGGUCCCGCUCCUCAAGAAGAACAAUCCCAAGUUCCUGGCCAUCACCACCGACUGUCUGCAGCUGCUGUCCUACGCUAAUCAGGAGAGCAAGCUCAUCAUCCUGGCCAGUGGCGGCCCGGAGAGCCUGGUGUUCAUCAUGAGGAACUACAACUAUGAGAAGCUGCUGUGGACCACCAGCCGUGUGCUCAAAGUGCUGUCCGUGUGUCCCAGCAACAAGCCGGCCAUCGUGGAGGCAGGGGGGAUGCAGGCCUUGGGGCAGCACCUGACCGGCUCCAGCCACAGACUGGUCCAGAACUGUCUCUGGACGCUCCGUAACCUCUCAGACGCAGCCACCAAACAGGAAGGUCUGGAUGGUCUGCUGCAGAUCCUGGUCUCACAGCUGGGAUCCGAUGAUGUCAACAUGCUGACCUGUGCCACGGGGAUCCUGUCCAACCUGACGUGCAACAACACACGCAACAAGAGCCUGGUGAGUGGCUUCGGGGGAGUGGAGGCCCUGAUCCACGCUCUGCUCCGAGCCGGUCAGAAGGAGGACGUGGCCGAGCCCGCCGUGUGUGCCCUCCGUCACCUCAGCUCCAGACACCCAGAGGCCGAGCUGGCCCAGAACACGGUCCGCCUGCACUACGGCAUCCCCCAUGUGCUCAAGCUGCUGGGGCAGCCGCACUACUGGCCCGUGGUCAAGGCGACCGUGGGGCUCAUCCGAAACCUGGCUCUGUGCCCGGCCAACCAAGCCCCCCUGAGGGAGGCUGGGGCCAUCCCCCGCCUGGUCAACCUGCUGCUGAAGGCCCACCAGGACAUCCAGAGACACGACACAUCCUCACAGCAGACAUACAAGGACGGGGUGCGGAUGGAGGAGAUCGUGGAGGGCUGCACAGGGGCCCUGCACAUUCUGGCCCGGGACCCCAUCAAUCGAGGGGAGAUCUCCAACCUGCAGACCAUCCCACUGUUUGUGCAGCUGCUCUACUCGUACGUGGAGAACGUGAAGCGGGUGUCGGCCGGGGUCCUGUGUGAACUGGCCCUAGACAAACAGUCUGCGGAGCUCAUUGACGCAGAGGGGGCCUCCGCACCCCUCAUGGAGCUGCUGCACUCCCCCAACGAGGGCAUAGCCACGUACGCGGCGGCGGUGCUGUUCCGGAUCUCUGAAGACAAGAGCUCGGACUACAGGAAGAGAGUGUCCGUGGAGCUCACCCACUCCCUGUUCAAGCACGACCCGGUGUCCUGGGACAUGGCUCAUUCGGUGGUCGGCCUCGAGCCCACCUACCUGGCAGAAGAGGUGCCCGUCUCGUACCCCUCGUACGGAUACUCAGAGCUCCCCCUGGACCCAGACCUACAAGAGCCAUACCUGCCCGAUCUGAGCUAUGAGCCGUGCCAGACCUACCCCCAGCCCCUCUAA